AUGAAGCCUGAAGACCGUGAAUAUUUAACUCAAAAAGUCAACCCUAUAAUGGAAGUCUUUGUGGAGUACGCUCUCCAAGACAUUCCACCUGAUCUUUAUCAAUAUAUGCUAAAUUACUUAAAACGCAUCUCUCUUUCAGAUUCAGAGCGAGCAGAGCUUGAGAGAUUAAAACUUGUCCUAGCUCAGGUUCAAGAAGGCAAAAAAUCUGACGAAGAAGUCAGCACUGAUGAAAACGAAGAAUCAGAAGAUGAAGCUCCUGAAAUUGUUAUUGUAAACCGAUCUUUCCAACACAGAACGUCCGUUUCUGCCGAGGCAUAUGGAGCUUGGAAUAAAAAAGGAAAUUUCGUCCCUCGAGUCAUCAACAAAACUGAUGAGCAGAAGUCAAAAAUCAUGGCAAAGCUUAGUGUCUCCUUUAUUUUUUCACAUUUACUCUUCCUUGAGUUUGAACCAAGAAUUUUAAAUUAGGUCUAUUUUUUGGAAAUAAAAAAUUAGUAAAAAUUUUUGAAAAUUAAAAAAUAUAAAUUGAAUACGAUAUUUUUUAAUUUAUGAAGAAUUAAUUAAAAAUAUUAAUCAAUGCAACGCUUAAAUCAUAUAAAUAGUAUUCUACUUGCACUCCUAAAUUAAAUUAAGUAAAAAUUAUUUAUAUAAAAAUUAGUAUUUUUGCCUAUAAAAUUUCCUCUGAAAAAAAAAAAUUUCGAUUCAAUUUAAAGGGCUAAUUUCCAAAAAUGAAAAUUUUAUCUAUAUUUUGCUUCAAUUUAAAGAGGACGAGUUAGAAGAAAAAGAUAAAAAAGUGGUAAUUGAUGCAAUGGAAAGCAAAAGUGUCCGAAACGGGGAAUUUGUAAUCAGGCAAGGAGAAGAUGGAGAUUUAUUAUAUAUUGUUGAAUCUGGCAAGCUUGAAUGCACCAAAGUUAUUAUAUUUUUAUACAAGAAUAUCUUUAAAUUACAAAAGAUAAAUACCCAUAUUUAUUUUAUAAAUAUGGAAACUUAAUUAUAAAAAUAUAAAUUGUUUAUUUAUCGCAUAAUAAUGGAAAUGAGACAUUUUUGAAAUUCUACGAAACCGGGGGUGUGUUUGGAGAAUUAGCAUUGCUUUAUAAUGCCCCAAGAGCUGCAACCAUUAAAGCUGUAGUCGACAGUGAGCUUUGGGCUUUAGACAGAAGCACUUUUGUAAACAUUGUAAAAGAAGCAGCAGUUAAAAGAAGAGAGCGUUUUGAAAUUCUGUUAUCAAGAGUAAAAAUAUUGGAGUCAAUGGAUACUUAUGAAAAAGUCCAAAUUGCAGAUGCAUUGACUAGCGCUACCUAUGCCUCAGGGGAAUAUAUAAUAAGAGAAGGAGAAUGGGGUGAUUUAUUCUAUAUGAUAGAAGAAGGCACAGCUGUAGCUACCAAAACUCUACAUCCUGGAAUGCCACCUGAGGAAGUUAUGCGGUAUCAAGCUGGCGACUAUUUCGGGGAGCUCGCUCUGUUAAAAGAUGACGCAAGAGCAGCUAAUGUUAUAGCUACUUCAGAUAUUAAAUGUGUUACCCUUGAUAGGCAUGCAUUUAAGAGACUAUUAGGACCAUUGGAAGAAAUUUUGAGAAGGAACUUUGAAGUAUAUGAAAGCGUUAUAAAUGGUUUAAGUAAGAAAUAA